UUGGUUAUAAUCGGCUGGAGGUUACUCAAUGCUACACAGACUUAGUAGUUAGCACUGUAUAGUACGCAUACGGAGUCCACUGUACCUUUGUAUUGGGAAAAUAUCAGGGGAACAGGUUUAAAUUUUGUGUUGGAGAUGUCGAUACGAAAAUGCUGUGUUAUUGAUUAUUGCCAAGGUUUAUGAAUAGUUAUAUCGACUGCGUUGCCACAAAAAUUCACGCGAACAACAUUUAAAAAAUCCUUGAUCUAGUCAAACAAGUGUAUUUUGAAGGCAUUAUUAAAAAAUGAAAAAAUGAAGCAUCUGGGCUAUUGUCUAACUUUUAUUGGAACCUUGGGUUUGCUUGAACGUUGUUUUGUUUAUUUAGUUGUUGAACUUCAUAUUGUUGUAAUCAUUAAAUUGGAAUAAACUUUUAUGUUUAUUUGCCUACCAGCACCGAACUGUAUCCUCUACUUACUAAAGAUUAUGGAAAUCUUAUCUUUGUUCUUAUACAAAAUAUACUGGUUUGUGAAAAUGCACUCAGUUUUUUCAUGAUAUGAAAAGCUAUAAAAUACGCUUAUGGUCGUUCAUCCAUCCUGCUCGCUUGUUAUGCGCCACCACGAUAUUUCUCGAUCCACUGUUGAGUCGACGGGUCAAAAUCUAUGUGAAACACGUUCGUUGCAGACAGAAAGAUCGAACGAUUGUGAUUCAAGGUAUACACCCACAUUUAGCAUUUAAAAGGUGUGCUCAGGCAUUUUGAAUAAAAAUACACCUUUUGACGAGGCAUAGUCGGUCACGCAAGGGUGGAGAUGGGCAUUUGCAUGAGUUGUGCUACACAAGUCGGUGUGUAUAAUGGCCAGCAUCACUACUAACAAGACGGAAUUCGUUAGGGAAUGGAACUGGAAAAUGUGGCAUUCAGAUGUAAAGAAGUGGCCAUGAUAGAAACUGAAGUGAAGAUUCUACUUUGGAUUGGAUUUUUUGAUCUGAAGUUCACAAUCGAAGGUUGUGCAAGUUUAUCGAUUUCUGGUAGGCUAUAGAUCAAAAGACCUCAAUAUGUAUUAUCCCGACGACGACACGCUCGUCAUUGAACGAAAGGACGUGAUUAGGACAACGACAAAUGAGGAUGACAGCGACACCUCGUCGCAGACAUCGUCAAGCCGGCGCUACAAGGGGUAUUGUUCAGGCAGACUCAAUCCAGACCUUCUACUCUGUAAGAUAUUCUACUUCACUUUCUAUGGUUCAUACGGUAGUCUAUACCCACUCAUUGCUGUCUACUUCAAGCAACUGGGCCUGAGUCCAUCGCAGAGUGGUGUCUUGGUCGGUAUAAGACCUUUUGUGGAGUUCUGCGCUGCGCCGAUGUGGGGCGCUGUUGCUGAUACAUGGCGUAAGGCCAAAGCUAUUUUGUUGUUCUCAUUGCUCUCUUGGCUCGUUUUCACUGAGGCCGUAGCUUUCGUUCAACCCGCUCCAAGUACGUGUGUAGUUAUUAACUCAACCGUGCACAGGAAUGCAACCCUCGUCGUGAUAGGAGAUUCAAAAAGCACUGGAAAAGAAGGGAGCAUUUCAAAUGUGGAAAUAACCAAAAUUAACGUCGAUCACGGUGGGAAGGCAGCAGUACCAGGCGAUGGAAAUGAAGAACAGGUUAGACGAGAUGCCAAUGACACUGCCUCCAAGAUCAUUGUCGUACCAAAACCCAACACAGAGGUCACCAUUUCGAACACAACAACAGUAAAUAAGGCAUCCAAAGAACAGAGAAGUGUAACAGUUAUAAAGUACACGGCUGAGGAUAGGAGGCUAACAUUUAUUUGUCUCUUGCUUCUGAUGAUUCUUGGCGAGUUCUUCAGCUCACCCACAAUUACUUUGGCAGAUUCUGCAACGCUGGGUUAUCUGGGCCACCAGCGCAUGGAAAUGUACGGCCGUCAGCGAAUGUUCGGCUCGCUGGCCUGGGGAAUUUUCAUGUUUGUUGAGGGAUUCAUCUUGGACCGAACGAAGACGACCAAAGUAGAAUGUGAUGGACAAGUUACAAUGGAAGAAGUGAAUUAUUUGAUUUGCUUUGGCACCUAUGCGGUCAUGAUAACAUGCGCCUUCUUUGUGGCCACUCAAUUUCAAUACAAGUAUAGGUCAUUGCACGAAGUCAUAACGGUCGGGCAAUCCAAAUACACAACAGACAAGCUUCAACAUGUGCAUGGUAAAGGCGCCUCAGAAGUCAUCGAGCUAGAAAACGUCAAGAAGACAGUCGGAAAGUUUCAGAGAAGCUCGGAUGAGAUGAGCUCUGGAGGAGAUCAUAACCAGGAUGAAGAUGAACCCAGAUACUGGGAGGUUCUUAGCUUGUAUGCCAGCGUCCGAUAUGGUACCGUACUAUACGUAGUGUGGUUUGCAGGAUUCGGAUUUGGGUUUCUCUUCACCUUUCUCUACUGGCAUCUCAAGGACCUUGGGGGGCCACCAACACUCUUUGGGGUAGCAUCUAUCAUCAAUCACCUCUCGGAAGUGACCGGAUAUUUCUUCAGUGGUUGGUUUAUACGGAAGCUGGGACACAUCCCCGUACUUUGCCUGGGUUUAUCUUGCUUUGCUGUAAGGUUCAUCACGGUCUCCUAUCUCGUCAACCCUUGGGGGGUUCUGGCUGUCGAGACGCUUCAAGGAGUCACUCAUGCCUUGGUAUGGGCAGCAAGUACGUCCUUCAUCGGGUCUGCAACUUCCCAGAAAAACCGGUCUUCUGCCCAGGGAAUUCUGCAAGGUGUCUACCAUGGAUUGGGCCGGGGCUGUGGCGCUAUAUUCGGCGGCGUGAUCAUCAGUGCGUACGGUUCAACAGUAACCUUCAGGUCAAUCGGAGUGACGUAUGUCGUCGUCAUCUUGAUUUUCGCUUUCAUCCAGUACAUGGAGAGCGACACAGACGACAAAAAGGAAGACGAAGACCUCAACUACGUCAACGAUGAGGAGGAUGACCCGGAAGAUAUCGAAGAUACUCCGCUACUGUCUCAAGACGAGGGAACCAAAGCAGAAAAGAGUGACGUCACCACUGCGAUUGAUGAUGAUCAAAACGUCAAUGAUGACGACGGAGGUGAGGUCAGAGGCGAUGACAUCAUCGAAAAUGACCAGACACCCAGUCCAAAGGAAUGAACUUAACGUCGGUUAAUGUCGGUGUCAUAUGGGUAAUUCCAGAAAUUAGGAGUCCAAAGUGUAACAUUUUUGUGUCCCUGUUACAUCUGAUCUUUGUUAUUUGACAUGAAAAUAUCACCGGAAUUGAUUUCAAACUAUUACUAUUUGUUUGGCAGGUGAGUUGCCCUAAUUCAACACUCUUCGAAAUUAGAAAAUUGUGUUCUGACCUUACAAGAUCAAAUGUCAGACGUGACAGGGACACAAAGAAAAAUAGACCUCUAAUUUCUGGAAUUACCCAUAUAAAAUUUGGAUUCAAACAGAAGCUUCGAUCCAUUUGGUCUGUGCUCCGGGACUUGCGCAAUAGAGUUGUGUUUUUGACCAGUGUGCAUCUUUAUAGCUGUCAGACCUACUUGUAGGUUCACUAUCAUUUGAUCCAUUUUGAGAAAAAACGUUCGAGAAAUUUUGCCUUAAUACGAGUACAUAGAUAUCCUUGGUUGUUUAAGGGUGGUAAAUAUUAUUAUUAGAAGUUUGAAGUAAGGUGGUUCAAAUAUUUCAGAAUUCAAAAUAUGCAAAUCUUUACUUUUCUAAUCCAAACUUAAAUAAAACCAGUAAGUCUGACUGAAUUUAACCCGGAAAGAGCCGGGUUAUUUUGGUCCAUCUCACUACCGGGGAGGCCAAAGAACUUGGCUGUGCUUCGCUCGAUUUUUUGAAACUUGCCAAGCAUGUACAGACACUCCUGAUUACAAAUGUGAAUUUUUAACUCGAUCAGUCUCUUAGUUUUGUUGUUGCGGUCAUUUGAGCACCGCAGUGGAAAAAGUACGCAUUUUUGACUAAUCCGUCUCUGAAAAAUGCGCGCUGCGCAAGAACGCCAUGUUCAAUUUGCGCAAACUUUAUGUCAAAAUGACCGAAAAAAGUAACUCUAAAAACUCCUACAGAUUCAACGCCAGAAAAAUGCAUUGCGGUGAUAUCGGAAAAAUGUCAGUGUAACCUUUAACUGCGCGAAUUUAUGUUAUUUUGACAUAGCUGCAGAGGGAAUAGGCCUAUAUAGAAUUUUGAACCAAACCGGCCAGUACUUUCUAUGCACAAGUGCGAGUUUUAUGUCAAAUUAAACAUUUCAUUUUACUCUUUAUUUCGUUUUACUAUAUUAUUUUUACUAUUUAUUUUGUAGAAAACUCGUACGAAAUGCAGGUACUGGGUAUAACUUUAAACAAUCUAACUUAUCCAACAAAAAAUGAUUGCUUUCAAAAGGAAAAGCGGGGUUCACUGUCUGCAGUUCAACUUAGGUCACUUAUCGUAAAAUUAAUCCCAAGGCAUUAAUUCUUUCAUAUGACAAUUUAAAUAUUUUAAAGUAUUGAAGCAUAUCGUUAACCGUUGCCCAUUAAAUUAUAGACGUAGUAUGACACCAUCUUAAAGAGCUUUCAUUAUACAAAAAGACGCCUUUUGGUAUGAAAAUUUAAACACACCUCACUGACUUUUUGACAAAUAGCGCUUGGCAAAAUAAUUCUUAACAAGUUACCAAUAAAGUUAAUUCGACAGCUCUGACGUUCCACUUUAUAAAAUACUAAUCCGUGAUAUCUAAAGAUAUACGAUGCAUUAAUAUAAUUAAAAGUUAUUGUAAAGAUAUAUUGGUUUGUCAUUAUUCCCAACCUCCCAGGCGGAGUGAAAAGGUAUACUGAAAUUAUGGAGCUAAUGAUAGCGUGCGUUAGGAUAAUGCCUUAAACUAAAUUGUUGCAUGACAUACAUGUAAUAUGAAUGUCUGUCAGCAAGUGUUUAAGCGCAUAAAUCGUUGAAAA